AUGUCUGCAGUUGCUGGCCAUAUUGUCCCGCCCAGGUCCAAGCUGGACUCGAUCCUGGGCUCUGGACUCGAGCACAAUAUCGAACAUGAUCCUCUUGAAGUCUGGGACAAGGGAGUCUUUCUCAAUGAACUUCUAAAGCAAGGCAUUGCACUCAGUACUAAUGAAUAUGGAGCUCUUGACGGAGACCUUGUUGCGGACGAAGGUCUCAAGAAGGGAACUUACAAGGGUACCAGAUUGGCCUUGACUGAGAUAUACAGUAUUUUGGAAGACGCUGCUGUCUCCCACUUUGAUAAGCGCGGCUUCGAGCCCAUCUUUCCUAUACAGAGAGAGCUCGAUCUAAAGAAGCGUAUCUAUCAGUGGAGCGACGGGAGUGAUGGUUAUCCCCCUCACUUGAAGGUUGAUGGUAAUGAUGAGUCGAACCUUCCCCCCGAUGAGCGACAAAGCAAACCGGGCUCCGCUAGGUCAGAGGGAGUUGGGCAAAUCUUUGAUAUGCAGGAAACAGCCUUCGUAGCCAAGAUUGCCCAGGCUGUUUCGUUUAUCAUCCCUAAAGAUAUUGAUCACGAGAACACCCCCUACAAGGGACCUACUCUUGCCGACGUCGAGAAGUACAACAAGGCUCAGCUCCCCAAAUCUGAUUCUGCAAGCAAUGGCUGCACUCCUAACACGGAUGACCUCAAUAAGGCCGCCGACAUUAUGACGGGACGAAACAUUGGCGAGUACGAUGACUGGUAUUCGGACGCCCGAUUUGCCCAGCAGCACUUCAGUGGUGUCAACCCUAGCACCAUCGAGACUGCUCGUACGGACAAGAUCAAGGCUUAUAUCGAUGAAGCACAGAAGCAAGGUCUUGAUAAAGUCAAGGCAAUUCUCGAGGAUGGAAAAGAUAUCCUUAUCCAAGACUAUUCCUACUUCCGAGAAGCUACAGGCGUUUCCAACGAACAAAUCUUCCAGAACACAGUGUACGAACUCAAAGGCACUACCCCAACUGGAAAGACUACUAACCGAUACGCUGCCGCCUCGGUCGUUAUCUUCCAGCUUCACAAGGAUGGCCGUCUCCACCCAUUGGCUAUCACGCUCGACUACAAAGGCUCACUGGACAAGUCCAUUACCAUCUUCAACCGAAGACUCUCUCCAGAUGACGUGGCUGAUAUCGCUGAAAAGGACGACUGGCCUUGGAGAUACGCCAAGACUGUUGCACAGACAGCUGACUGGGCGAGACACGAGGUUGCUACCCAUCUUGUCGACACGCACAUGAUCGAGGAGGCCAUCAUCGUCGCAACCAACCGAACAAUCCCUGAAGGCGAACUUUUGUAUGAGAUUCUUAGCCCCCAUUGGUUUAGGACUCUUUCUUUGAACGCUGCCGCACGCAAACUCCUGGUCCCAGGUGUCAUUGCGAGAAUCGCUGGCUUUGGACCCUCGAGCCCUUCUGCCGACUUUAAGAGUAACAAUGUUUUCAAGCUGGUCGACUGGUCAUACAAGAACUUCAACUUCCAGGAGAAGUACAUCCCCAACGAUCUCAAGAAGCGUGGCUUCGACAUCAAGGGGGACAAGAGUGGUAAGUACAAAAACUACCCCUACGCCAACGACAUGUACCUGCUUUGGGGUAUCAUCCGCAACUUCGUCAAGACCGUCAUUGAGUCUCAGUACACAUCAGACCACGCCGUGCAGAAGGAUCAUUACAUUGGCGACUGGUGCAAGGAGAUUCAGACCAAUGGCCAGAUUCCUUCGUUCCCAACUAUCACUACUGUCGAAGAGCUCAUUGACGCAGUCACCAUGUGUAUCCACACAGCUUCACCACAACACACUGCGGUCAAUUAUCUUCAGGACUAUUACUACAGCUUCGUACCUGCCAAGCCACCUGCCCUAUGCACAACUUUGCCCAAGGAUCUCCAAGCUUUACAGAGCUACACGGAGAAGGACCUCACGGCAGCUCUGCCCAUCGGUACCGAUGACAUGAAGUGGAAAGACUGGCUUCUGGCUGCCCAGCUGCCCGAGCUCCUCAGCUACAAGGUGCAGCAAGACUACAACCUGAUCACCUACGCCAAGUCGUUAUACAAUGUCAACAAGAACCGCACGAUAACCGAAAACACAAAGUUCAACUGCAAGGCUAUUAAGAAGGCUGCUGCGGACUUUUACAGCCAUCUUAAGAGUGCUGGAGUGGAGUUUGAGAAAUACUCAAAGGCUCAGACCGAAGGCACUGUUGAAUACCCUGUUCUGCAGCCCGAGACUACUGCUAUCUCGAUCUUGAUUUAA